ACAACAGUGGGUUUUAUCAGCACUUUAGAUUACAAGUGUGAUUCCAGACUUCAGGGGGACCCCAGAUAAACUUGAUUCAUUUAUGACAUGGAUUUUUCAAUUGACAUGAAACCGGAUGUCUCAAAUAUACAUUUUGAUACUGACCCCACAUGUGAACUUAAUGAUCGAAUUAAGUCCGAAAUUAACGAUGAUGUUAACUCUUCUUUGGAAGACACCUAUUUCACUGGCCUUCAAGUUUCUUUCAAAACAGUCGUUGACAGAGUUGUUCAUACUGUUGUUUGCAACUUGUGCAACAGAUCAUAUAACAGAUUGACUAUUUUAGAAAAUCAUCUUUAUAAACAUUUAACAGAGAAGAAGCAGCGUAAAGUUUAUAAAAACGAAAAGCCUUACAUUUGUAAUGUUUGUGGUAAACAGUUUUCUUUCAGUAGUCAUUUGCAACAACAUUAUCUUGUGCAUACUCAAGUUAAACUUUAUGAUUGUGAUACUUGUGGUAGAUCAUUCUCUUUCAAAAGUAAUUUGAAAAAGCAUUAUGUUGUGCAUUCAGAUGUGAAACUUCAUGCUUGUAGUGAGUGUAAUAAGUCAUUUUCUACAAAACGUUACUUAAAAAUACAUUUCAAUCGUGUUCAUGUGAAGGAGAAUCCUUUUCCUUGUGGAAUUUGUGGCAAGACAUUUUCUCUAAACAGCCAAUUAAAACGACAUUUACCUAUGCACACAAACAAAAUUGUCAGCUGCUGUGAUGUUUGUGGUAAAAAAUGUUCAACUCUGGGUCAUUUAAAACUGCAUUAUGUUGUCCAUAGAGAAAUGAAGCCUUGUCUUUGCACUGUAUGUGGCAAAGCAUUUUCUUCAGAUAAUAGCUUAAGACAGCAUUAUAUUGUUCACACAAAAAAAUUAAAUGAUCAAUUACAUAGUGUUGUUUGCAAUUUGUGUAACAAAAGUUUUGAUAAAAUAGAUGUUUUAAAAUCCCAUCUGUCUAAGCAUUUGGCUGAGAAUUUAAAUUUCAUAAAUGAAUGCAGAUCCUUGAAGAACACUGAUGACCAAACUCAUACAUCUGUGCAUCCUGAUAUAAAGCCCUAUUUGUGA